UUAUUCCACGCUGGUGCGAGCAGUGAUGCACGCUGUUAUUCUCUCCUUUUAAACGUAACUUUCGUUGAACCUUCUCGUUCUUUAAUAACUUUAGAAACACUAUUUACCCAUAUUGACGCUACGUUUCUGAUUUCUCUCCCUUUUGAGCUUCUCUCUGACGUGUUCUCUCUUUCCUUUCCCUCUUUAUUUAUAUUCUCCCAUCCCUUCCGCUCGUGUCCACUCUCUCCAUUCUCCAAGGAAUCUGUAUCACUCUCUAUCUCUUACUCUCUCCUUCUUUCUCUUUUUUUCUUUAUCUUUUCCCUUUCACUUCUCCGACUCUCUCCACCGUCACCCUCAAUGCUGUUAUGGCUUCGUCUGCCAUCAAGCAAACACAACACCUUAACCGCACCAAACUCCUCGUCCAAGAACACACCCUUUUGAAAAACCAUCACCAUCCCAAACUCGUGCGGAUACGUGUCACCGACGCCGACGCCACGGACUCCUCCAGCGACGACGAGCAGCCCUCCGUGCCCUCCACGCGCCGCAGAGUCAAAAGCUUCGUCAACGAGAUUACCAUCCACGGCGCCCGAGUUAAAGUUGUUUCCAGGAAAAGAAAGGUGAAGUCUGGCGGCGCUCCGGCGCUCCGGCGGCGAACUGGGGCGAGGAAGUUCCGCGGAGUGAGGCAGCGGCCGUGGGGGAAAUGGGCGGCUGAGAUAAGUGACCCGUCGCGCCGCGUGAGGCUGUGGCUGGGCACUUACGACACCGCCGAGGAAGCCGCCAUUGUGUACGACAACGCCGCCAUUCAGCUGCGUGGCGCCGACGCGCUCACCAAUUUCAUAACGCCCCCGGCGGAGGACAGAAAAACCGGUUACUGCUCGGGCGAGGAGUCUCCCAGUGAGGAGCUGCGUUCCCCCACUUCGGUUCUUCGGUGCUGUUGGGCGUCCGAGGAAGCUGAAUCGGUAACCGCAAACGACGCGGUUGGUCCGGCGAGCGAGUGCGAACAUUCAUGGUUUUCAGAGGAUAGUAAGUUGAAAGACGAGUCAGUGUUUGGUAUUCCUGAGGACGUUGUAUUCGGAUUUGAAAGCACUUUGGAUAUGUUUGACGAGUGUGAUAACAACGUUGCAGAGAGCAGUGGUAUAUUCUUGGGCGAUGAUUUUGAUUUGAGUGGAUGCUUUGUUAGUGAGAAAGAGAAUUUAGAUUUGGGUUUUGGUUUUGGGUUUACGAGUUGGAGUUGGCAAAGAGAGUGCGAUAAUUUCCAAGACAUUGGGGAUUUGUUUCUUUGGGAUCCUCUUGUUGCUCUUUGAUUCAGACACCAUUCUCGUCUUGUAAUUCUAUGCCAACAACCAAAGGUUGCCAUCAGUUUUGUUUUCUGGGGUUUUAGGGAAAAAAACAUGUUUUUCUUUUUCUUUUUAAUUUUCCUUUUCGUUUUCGAUUCACAUGAGUGGUAGUAUUUUUGUAAGGAGAGAAAUUUUCUAUUUUCUUAUUUUCUUAUUUUCUUAUUUUCUUAUUUUCUAUUCCAGCAUAUGUUUAUUAACACUGGUCGUAAAACCGUGCGUCCCACGGAGCCACCUCUGUUCUGUGUCUUGUAAUAUAUAUAAAAUUCUUCUGUCUC